AUGCAUGUCACCUCAGAUGAUGGCCCAGCGAACCCAGCAAACCCAGCUGAGAGUUCUUCGAUGAGCAAUGUCAACAUGGAUAUGAUGAGCGCGCUGGCAGUGACCAACCAGCCAGGUGUAUCCACAGACGUUGAAAUGACCGAUCUUGAUGCUCCAAGUAUUGUCAAUGAACCUGCUGCUGCUCCUUCAGCUCUAGCUAUGUCUAAUCGGGCCCAUGUUCAACGUCUUAUUGCUCGAAAUCUCUUACCACAGUAUGGGCGUGCUCGGGUUCAGCCCAAUAUGAAUCAUGCGACUGUCCAUUCCAAUGGUCCAAACGGAAUCGUCCAACAUGUGAACGCCAUCGACUCUACCGCUCCCAACAGCCUUGCUCAAAACCCCAAUGGCCUGAUCCCCACUCCUCAAGCUCCGAAUUCCUCUGGAGGCAAUGUAAUGGCCUGUGGAAAUUUCUUUCAUUCCCAAACAAAUCCCCCAAAUGCUGCGAUAACAAGAAACUCAUCCAUCUCAACCACUGACUCGCCUUCUGGCAUGGGCUUGGUUGUCAAUCCUCGGGCUUUGGCAGUUGGACAACAUGAUACUUCUAGUCUGCCUCCGUCUAACCUCCAGCACAACAACAUUCAAUUUGCCAUUCAAGCUACUAAUCAGCGGCUGAACCCAACCAACCGGGAGACAAACAACAACACAGGAGGAGCCAAUGGUAUCAAUACGUCCGCGUUCAAUACCGGAGUUGCUAACCCUUUUUCGGGCGGCAAUCCAGCUAUUCAGUCAGCGCAAUCAUCUCUCUCUGUGGUCAAUCAAUCAUCCCCUGCACCCCUGAGCAACGAUAAUCUCACUGGUCGUAUUCAGGAAUCCAAUCGCAACCAAGCGAACAGAGGUACUCCCGUGCCUGCAAUCGGAAUUCAAGGCUCAGCCAGCUCGCAAAUUACACAGAAUGUUGCCUAUCGCGCCGAAUUGAUUCGUGUUCGUACCGAAGCCCUCCGAAAUGUUUUGCGAAGUCGUGGCCGGCACCGUGAUGCAGAGAACUUGACAGAGGCUCAUCUUCUUGCGUUUCUUGUCCGAACUGCUCGAGCUAAUCGCACUCAGGGCCCUUCCGGUAUGUUGCCAGUUAGAAGUACUCCGCCAGUGGAAAAUCAUACUCAAGGUCCUUUUAUCGAUCAUUCUGAUGCAGUCAAUGUUCAAGUUCACAACGAAAUGACCGCUGCUCGGGCUAGAGAUGCAUAUAAUCAUUCUAAUGCAAUUGCUGCUGCCCGACUCCAAAGUGCAUCGCUCCUUCACCAAGCCCAGUCUCAUGCCCGCACCCAAGGCCAGGGCCCAGGUCCGGGUCAACCUCCAAGCCAGAAUUCGAUUCCAAAUGUUCUCGACUCACGCAGAGUCGGGCUCCCCGUGGGCCCGAAUCCCCCGGGUCAACACAACAUCGAGAUCGUGAAUACGCCCAAUGACUUCGAUCGAGUGUUUCAAGAAAUCGAGGAACAGAAUGAGCAGCUGACAGCUGUUGGACUCCAUGAUGUCGGCCCUACCCCGAAUGUGACGAAUACGCGUAGGCGUGCUCCUCAGCUUAGAAGCGAUGCAGCUGCUCUUCAGGCUUACCUCAUUCGCCAGCAGCUGAUCGGGGGUAUCCCUCCAAGCGAAGUCGUACCUAUUCGAGGCAGGAAUUCUCGGCAAGGUCCCUUCGGAAGAGGAGAAUCGCGAGGUGCAGAACUCACCGUUAUGCAUGUGACUAGGCACAAUAAUGGAGAAGUGGCAAUAACAGCUCCACACUACGAUCCCCCGCGAUUCGAUGGUGAUCUUGGCCCUAUUCAACGCCUUCCUUGGCUUCAAAAUGGGACUUCACGACUGGGGAUCUCAUCUACAGGGUCUAGUCAUAGCCGUCCUCAAGUCCGUUCCUCGAAUGUGUCUUCAACACCCAACACCGGCUCUACCAUAAACCAGCAGAAUGGGGCCCCCAUGAACCUUAACCGUCCGUCGAACAACAAUCAGCAUUAG